AUGCGCGCUGCCAGUUUAUCGCCCAAUUUGACCAACUCAUCACCGGGCAUCGCACGGCGGAAACUGGCUGCGCGACUCACCCGGGCAAUGUCCAACAGUCCCAAUGAGGCAAGGAUCAGGUUGAAAAUGGCCAGGGGCGCAUUCUUCUCGUCGUCGACCACCGUGUUCCAACGUCACAUUACCGACCGUUCCCAUCAGCAUGACAAUGCGCCCAAUCGUGGCAAGCGAGGUCAGCCCGGUCACGAGCUCACCGACGACGGGGACGAAAAAGCAAAUGGCGCUCAGGAAGGCAAAGGCGAUCGCCUUGCGCUACUCCCGAUCCAUCUCCUCGGCCACCUCGACGAUCGAUUCCACGUUCUCCACCGCUUCUGCAACCAUGAAGAUGGGGAGUGA